CGCGCCAGCGUUCGGUUUGAAACCAUGGCGCCGGGCCAGCGGUUGGUUUUGAGCGAGGAGACUGUCCGGGAGCGCAGCGGCCUGGGUUCCCACCGCGACCUGGCUGAUCUUCGAUCUUUGUCUAUUCCUGGAACAUACCAAGAGAAGAUUACUCACCUGGGGAACUCUCUGAUGCAUUUGACAGCUCUAAAAUCCUUAGAUCUCUCACGUAACUCCUUGGUUAGUCUUGAGGGCAUUCAGUAUCUGGUCUCACUGGAGAGUCUCAACCUCUACUACAACUCUAUUUCCUCGUUAGCAGAAGUAUUUAGGCUCCAUUCCCUAACGGAGCUCCAGGAUGUGGACUUCCGGCUUAACCCUGUAGUGAAGAAGGAGUCUGACUACCGCCUCUUUGUAGUGCACCUGCUCCCCAAGCUCUGCCAGCUAGAUGACCGUCCUGUGAGAGAGAGUGAGCGGAAGGCUUCCCAGCUUCAUUUUGCCUCAGAGGAUUCACUGGUCUCGAAGGAGAACUUCCCAGCCACUUUGCCAGUUGGAAGACCAUACCACUCCAGAAACAGAUGUGUUGAUACUUCAGCCAAGAAGUGCUUGGUCAUGGAUGCUGAUGACGAGGCUGUCCUGAAUCUCAUCGCUGAGUGUGAAUGGGACCUAAGCAAUCCUCCUGGGACCACAAGCUCCAGCCAAAAGGAACAGGAGACUGACCUCUAUUAUGGUCAAGAGUCCAGACAUCUGUUGAGCCCUUUGUCCCUCCAACACCAAUGUGGGGACUCAGUGAGGCGAGGCUAUGAGAAGAAGAAAGCCACCUCCAGAGGCUGCUGUCCAGGUCAUUCACCACAGGACCAGCUCUGCGGGGAGCUACCCUCCCAGCAUGGCGUGUCGUCGUCAUCGUCGGAGGCCUGCCACGUGCAUGCGCCGCACUCCCGUGUCACUUCACAGCUAGACUCUGUGGAUGUUGAGGACUGUGCUUCAUCUUCUCAGAAGUCAAGUUUGUCAUCACAGAAAAUACUAAAUCCUUUGCCUGUCCCUGAAAAGUACAGGAAGCGAAGGAUGCCUGGUGGUAGAUUCCAGGUGCCUUCAGACCGGGAGUGUCUGAGCUGCCUAGAGAGGGCUGAUGGGCCCUCUGGUCUUGAGGACAGUCUAAGCAGACAGGAUAGCUUGGAGGGCCACAGUCAGAUGACCUUAUCUCACUCUGAGGCUUUGGAGGCUGAAGAGCGGACAUCUCAUGGCACAAGUGACACCAGAAUGCUGUCUCCUAAACUCUGCUUAGCAGGGGUGCCUGAGCGAAAGCCUACUCUGGAAGUGGCACUUCUGGAGGCUCUGCUUGACCUGAUAGACAGGUGCUCAAGUGGCAGUGGAUCGCUGCAUGGCAACGAGGCGUUCCUUGCUCAGGCCAGGCGUGUUUUGUCAUCUCUUCAAGAGUUCACAGCAGCUCAGGACAGUUCAGCACUUGAAAAGGAAGGGCUUAGUUACCUGUCUCUUGAAAAUAAGUCUCUGCAAAGCCGCCUUGCUGAGCAGCAGCAACAGUAUACUACUACAGUGAACAAGGUGACCACGGAGCUCACCAACACAAGGAGGGAGCUGGACACAGUGAGACAGCAUUUGGACAAAUCGUUGGAAGAGAAUAGCAACUUAAAAUCUCUUCUGUACAGUGUGAAGAAAGAAGUAAAAAAUGCAGACACAUCAACCGCUAUAACUUUGCAGAUCACUGGGCUUCAGGCAAGCAUGAAGCAGCUCUCUGGGGAAGUUGUGGAGCUGAAGCAGCACCUGGAGCACUACGACAAGAUUCAGGAGCUCACACAGAUGCUACAAGAGAGCCACAGUUCCCUGGUCAGCACCAAUGAGCAUCUCCUGCAGGAGCUGAGCCGUACACGGGCACAGCACAGAGCCGAGGUGGAGCAGAUGCGCUGGAGCUUCCAGGAGUUCAAGAAGACUGCCGCCCUGUUCCCACGCCACGGCUCCCGUCUUAGUGGCCGCCAGUCCUGCUAGCUGCUACUGAGCUGUGCUGUCCGUCAGCUAGAGCCCCAGAGUUGCACCUGGGUAUGCCUCUAUCUGAAUACCCUGGUGAGGCUGUAAUUACCUUAGGAUCCUCAAAUUGUAUUCACAAGCUCAGUUUGCUUAUGCGCCCUGAGUUGACGCAGUCGACCCUGGCUGGGGCCUCGUCAUUUUG